AUGCUGGCUCGCACUUCUGCGCCGCUAUUAGUAGCCUCGGGAAUUCACAUGCUCCUCGGACCCUCGAAGGGAUCGUCCACACUCGCGCUCGCCUCCUCCCAGUUCCCUCACCGCCGUAAACAAGAUUUCAGCAGAACCAAAACACAGUCCCUUAUUGACAAUUUCAUAUGGCGCAGCCCACGUAUGUGCACAUUUUUGCUGCAUGCAAUCUUGAAAGCCCUCGUCACAUGUCUUUCUAGAAGCAGCACAUGCAUCGUAGCAGGUGUCAUGAUCGGUGCAGCAAGUGCCAAUGUCUACGCUGAUAAAGGAUGA